CAAGAGCCGAAAAAAAGGAAUAAUCUACUGAAAAGCCAUGAUGUGAUGACAACUAAAGCCAGAAGAAAUCGAGACUGACGAAGCGACGGUACAAGUGGCUGAUAUGAACGAAAACUCAUCCUCCGCUACUCAAAGUCUUCCCCCGCAAGCUCUUCCGACUUUGCCAAACGAUGAAGUGGAAAAUAUUGCAUCAACGAUCCUCUACUGCUUUCUGUCGUUAUUUGUAAUACUUGGAAACGUCCUUGUCGUCGCAGCGUUUAGGUUUAAUAGAAGGCUUCGCACUAUUAACAAUACCUUCCUAGUUGGCUUGGCCGUGUCAGACCUUUUGGUCGGGCUGAUAUCGAUUCCGUUGUGGAUUUACAUUUCGUCUUGCCAACAAUUAAUAACAUGCGUGAUAGAUCAGGACCUUCUGACAUUUUAUUCAACAGUGGACAUUUUCACUGGCUGUGCCUCAGUGCUGCAGCUUACAGCCAUCAGUAUUGAACGCUAUUUGGCGAUAACUCGCCCGAUAAACCAUCGAGCUUACUCCAUGUGGAUUUACUACGGCAUGAUUAUGACCGCCUGGAGCUUCGCUUUCAUCAUGGCAGGACUGUUUCCCGUUCAAAUGAACAAGUGGCAAAAACCUUAUAGUAUUAUCCUCUUCACUGGGUGCUUCGCCGUCCCAGCACUUAUCAUAGUAACUGUGUAUGCCAUCAUUUUCCAGGCGGCUAAGGGGACCACCCGAGCAAGGGUUCAUCCCGCAGGACACGGAGGAAACAGCGCACAAAGUGAAGCCAAAAUUGCUGCCACCAUUGCGGUUAUCACCGGACUUUUUAUAAUCGCGUGGUUGCCAUUUUGCAUUGUGAACCUGUUUGCAGAGUUCUGGCAUCAUUUACUGCCACCUUUUCCUGAAAUUCUGAGGCUAAUUCGGUUCGUGAAGUGGAUGCAUUACUCCAACAGUAUGGUAAAUCCUAUGGUGUAUGCUUACCGCAAUGGUGAGAUGAGGAAAACCUUUAAGAGAUUGUUGCUGACUUGUUUUAGCUGUCGUGGCGUCGGACACAGAACUAUUCGGGCUCAUGCCUCAGUCAGAGCCCAUAGCAGAAGGAACAGUGAUCCAUCUCCAUCACGAAGAAGAACGAGAAAUAAUCGUAGCAACGACACGAACUCUUCCAAGCAAAGAAUUACUCCUGGAAGGAGAUUAUCGCUUGAAAACAGAAGGAUCGAUAGUUCAAACCCCAGUGAUAGCUCAUUUCGGAAUCGUCCUUGUUUGGUUCCCAUCCAGAACAAAGUAGAGCGCUCACUAUCGCCUUUGACGCCAAAGACUUCCGUCUAAGCUGUAAUGGGUGACUGACAUGAUACUUCCUUUCAGAAUUACGCUGCAUCAUAUCAUAAACAUGUGAGAAGAAUCAGCUUAAGGUUGUCAUCUUCAUAUUUUAUCAAAUUCUCCAAACCAACUCUCGAGGAAAUGUAUGAAACCCAGAGGGGAAAUAUUGCGGCUCAGACCCUCGGAGUCAUGGGACGAUGUGUCAUGACAGCGUUCACGAUAGAGCGCUUUCGAUUGAGUGUCGUAAAACCAAGACAAAGGUAGUCCAAAUGCAGCCAAUCAGAUCAGAUAAGAAAAUCACAAGGAGCCGAUGAGAGCUCAUAGAGAAACAAGCAAACUUCCCGAAGUGCGGUAAAACGCGAAUGAUCAAGACGCGAUUGGUCCUAGUUUUGAAUUUGAUUGAUUGAGAGAAUGGCGCAAGUUUUCUUGGCCAAUCACAGAUCAAAGUGAAACGAAAUUAAGGAAAUUUUAGAUUAAUUUUCACUCCCAAUGGAAAACGCUCCCUCAAACGCAUAGAAUGUAUCUUCAAAUCUUAGGGGUAAAAGGUGUAAAUGGCUGGAAUGAAGUAGAUAAGAAGCGUGUGAAAUGAAAAUUAUUUUUAACAUCAAAA